UGUCCAUUGUUUUGUUUUUGAAAUUCUUAUGAGUUUCGGGGCAAUUUCAUUGCCAAAUGUGUCACCCACCCAACUGACGUCAAAUGAUUCGUCGGUCAUCUUCGCGACAAACAGUAUUCCAGAGUGAAGGAGGCUGUGUUUUUGGACUGUGUGAGCUGAGGGAGAGGUGUGGUCCUGAACCCCUAUCUGUGGGCUGUUGGCUAGCUGGCUAGAGAAGUGUUGGCACUAUGGAGCUGGCUCACAGCCUGCUGCUGAACGAAGAAGCCCUAGCCCAGAUCACUGAGGCUAAGAGACCAGUCUUUAUCUUUGAAUGGCUCCGCUUCCUGGACAAGGUGCUUGUGGCCGCAAACAAGGUGGAUGUGAAGGAGAAGCAGAAGAAGUUGGUAGAACAGCUGACAGGGUUGAUCAGCUCCGCCCCCGGCCCCCCUACCAGGAAGUUACUCGCUAAGAACCUAGCUACCCUAUACAGCAUAGGAGAUACCUUCACCGUCUUCCAGACACUCGACAAAUGCAACGACAUCAUUAAGAGCAAGGAUGACACUUCUGCUUACCUGCCCACCAAACUAGCUGCAGUGGCCUGUGUCGGGGCCUUCUAUGAGAGAAUGGGCCGGAUGUUGGGGAGCUCCUUCCCUGACACCAUCAACAACAUGCUGAAGGCACUGAAGAGUGCAGAGUCUCAGGGUCGCAGUGAGAUUCUCCUCAGUCUCCAGAAGGUGUUAAAUGGUCUGGGAGGAGCAGCAGCUUCUUGCCACAGAGACAUCUAUAAGAACGCCCGCUCCCUCCUGACUGACCGCUCCAUGGCUGUUCGCUGUGCCGUGGCUAAGUGUCUGCUGGAGCUACAGAAUGAAGCUGUGUUCAUGUGGACCACGGAACUGGAGAACGUAGCUACUUUGUGCUUCAAGGCCCUGGAGGGCUCUAACUAUGGUGUGAGAGUAGCUGUUUCUAAACUGUUGGGGACUGUCAUGGCCACCGCCCUGAUACCCAAGCAAGCUGCAGUCAUGCGUCAGAAUGUGAAGCGAGCCACGCUGGAGGAGGUGCUGGAACUAAUGGCCACCGGGUUCCUGAGAGGAGGGUCUGGCUUCCUGAAGAGCGGAGGGGAGAUGCUAAAGGGGGGAGGUUCGGUCAGCAGGGAGGUGCGAGUAGGAGUGACGCAGGCGUAUGUAGUGUUCGUCACCACGCUGGGUGGCCAGUGGCUGGAGCGAAACUUUGCCACCUUCCUGUCUCAUGUCCUGGACCUGGUCGGACACCCACGGGCCACGCAGACACACGUGGAGGCGGUGUACUCCCGUCGCUGUGUGUCCUUCAUGCUGCGCUCCACCCUGGGGGGCCUGCUGGGGGAGAAGGCCCAGAUGGCUGCUGGGAAAGACAUCUGCCUGGCCCUCAGUAAACAGAUGAGGGCUGUGGGUAAGGAGAUAGAUGGGGGGGAAAUAUCACGGUUCAGAGCGUUGCAGACUCUUUCUUCUGCCCGGAGGCACAGUUCUGCUGAGGCAGUUGUGAAUGAUACCAGCGGUGAGAACAAAGCGGGGACGGCUGAUGUCUCAGCCACUCAGCAUGUGAUGGUCUGUGCCCUGAAAGAGUUGGGCAGCCUGGUUCAGAGCCUCAGUGCUACAGCUUCACCCCUCAUACAGGAGCCGUCCAUUGGCCUGUUAGAGACGGUCUCCUCUGUGCUGCUCCACCCCAGCAUGGCAGCCCGUCUGGCGGCAGCCUGGUGUUUACGCUGCGUUGCCGUGGCACUGCCCUAUCAGCUGACUCCGCUGCUGGAGCGCUGUGCAGAGCGCAUUAACAACCUGAAGAGCAGUCCAGAGGCAGUCAGUGGGUACAGCUUUGCCAUGGCUGCUCUGCUGGGGGGCGUCCACCAGUGCCCCCUGGGGGUACCCCAGUCCAAGGGAAAGCUGGUUGUGAGUAUCGCCGAGGACCUGCUUCGUACUGCAGCCCAGAACAGCCGUCUGUCUCUACAAAGAACUCAGGCAGGGUGGCUUCUGCUGGGGGCUCUGAUGACCUUGGGACCCUCUCUGGUCCGCUACCACCUGCCCAAGAUGCUGCUGCUGUGGAGGAACGUGUUCCCGCGCUCCCAGAAGGAGAUGGAGGCAGAGAAGGCUAGGGGUGACAGCUUCACCUGGCAGGUCACCCUGGAGGGCCGUGCUGGAGCCCUGUGUGCCAUGCGUAGCUUCGUGGCCCACUGUCCUGAACUGCUGACAGAGGACGUAAUCCGCAGACUGAUGACGCCUAUAGAAUGUGCCAUGACCAUGAUGUCCCAUGUCCCCUCGAUCAUCAAGGUUCAUGGUUCCCACCUGAAGGCCAGUGCUGCAAUGGUCCGACUACGCCUGUACGACAUCCUGGCCUUGUUACCUCCCAAGACAUACGAAGGUAGUUUCAAUGCCCUGCUGAGGGAGCUGGUAACGGAGUUCACUCUGACAGACAACUCCGCCAACACCACCACCUCGCUGCUACGCUCCCUCUGUCACUAUGACGACAGUGUUCUCAUGGGCUCCUGGCUGCAGGAGACGGACCAUAAGUCCAUUGAGGACCAGUUGCAGCCCAACAGUGCUUCCGGCAGCGGGGCUUUAGAACACGACCCCUCCUCCAUCUACCUGAGAGUACCUGUGGGCGAGGCCAUGCCUGGACCCCUCCCCCUCGGCGUGUCCGUCAUUGAUGCCUCCGUGGCUCUGUUCGGAGUGGUGUUCCCUCACGUGUCCUUUAAACACAGACUACAGAUGCUGGACCACUUUGCCGAGUGUAUCAAACAGGCCAAGGGAGUCAGACAGCAGGCUGUCCAGCUCAACAUCUUCACAGCUGUACUGAGCGCGCUCAAGGGUCUGGCGGAGAACAAGUCCACUCUGGGUCCUGAAGAGGUGCGUAAGUCUGCCCUGGCCCUGGUGAUGGGGGCGCUGGACAACCCCAACCCCAUCCUCCGCUGUGCUGCUGGCGAGGCCCUGGGGCGGAUGGCUCAGGUGGUGGGAGAGGCCACCUUCAUCGCACGCAUGGCCCAGUACAGCUUCGACAAACUGAAGUCCGCUCGUGACGUGGUCUCCAGGACAGGCCACUCCCUGGCCCUGGGCUGUCUGCAUCGAUACGUCGGGGGGAUUGGCUCAGGGCAGCACCUCAAGACCAGUGUCAGCAUCCUAUUGGCCCUUGCACAGGAUGGAACCUCCCACGAGGUGCAGACGUGGGCGCUCCAUUCACUGGCCUUGAUCGUGGACUCCAGUGGUCCCAUGUAUCGAGGCUACGUUGAACCCACUCUGUCUCUGGUGCUGACCCUGCUGCUGACCGUGCCCCCGUCACACACCGAGGUUCACCAGUGUCUGGGACGAUGCCUAGGGGCCCUGAUCACCACCGUGGGGCCCGAGCUGCAGGGUAACGGAGCGACCAUCUCCACCAUCCGUUCAUCAUGUCUGGUGGGCUGUGCCAUCAUGCAGGACCACAGUGAUUCUCUGGUUCAGGCGGCAGCUAUAUCCUGCCUCCAACAGCUGCACAUGUUCGCCCCACGGCAUGUCAACCUAUCCAGUCUGGUGCCCUGCCUCUGUGUCCACCUGUGCUCCUCCCACCUGCUACUGCGCCGGGCAUCUGUGGCCUGUUUGAGACAGCUGGUCCAGAGGGAGGCGGCCGAGGUCUGUGAAUACGCCAUGAGCCUGGACUCCACCCACAUCAGUAUGUUGACCUCUAGUCCAGCAGCAGACUCCACCCACAUCAAUCUCAACAUAACAGAGACAGGUCUGGAGGGGGUUCUGUUUGGAAUGCUGGACCGUGAAACGGACAGGAAGCUUUGCCAUGACAUCCACGACACGCUGGGUCACAUGCUCUCCUCACUUGCCGUGGACAAGCUCUCUCAUUGGUUGAAGCUCUGCAAGGAUGUCUUGGCUGCAACCACAGGUCACAAGGCUGGAGGAAGUGGGGCUGUUGUCCCUGUAGACCUCGGUAAAGAAGACGAGGACUCGGAGAAGCAGGAUGAGAUUGACGAUGACAUCAUGUUUACGGCGCUGGGGGAGGAUAACAACUCCAAGCCGUCGGUGGCGCCGCGGUGGGUGACGCGGGUGUUCGCUGCUGACUGUCUCUGUCGCAUCAUACUGCUGUGUGAGAACGCUGACAGGACGCACUUUGACCUGGCCGCAGCACGCCUGGCCAAGGCCAAGAACCCUAAAGGUGAUCUGUUGGUCCUCCAUCUCUCUGAUCUGAUCCGAAUGGCCUUCAUGGCAGCUACAGACAACAGCAACCAGUUAAGGAUGGCAGGUCUUCAGGCCCUGGAAGACAUCAUUAAGAAGUUUGCUUCAGUUCCAGAACCAGAGUUCCCAGGCCAUGUGAUUCUGGAGCAGUACCAGGCCAAUGUUGGAGCUGCACUUCGACCAGCCUUUUCCCCUGAUACCCCUUCUGACAUCACAGCCAAGGCAUGCCAGGUAUGUAGUACGUGGAUUGGCAGUGGCGUGGUCAGUGACCUGAAUGACCUGCGCCGUGUCCACAACCUGCUGGUGUCAUCGCUGGACAAGGUGCAGGCUGGGAAGGGCUCCUGUAGCCAGCUGUACAGUGAGAGUGCUACAACCAUGGAGAAGUUAUCUGUCCUGAAGGCCUGGGCCGAGGUAUAUGUAGUGGCCAUGAAGAUAAAGAAACAGGCAGAGUCUCGGCCGGUGAAGGAGGUGAAAGGAGGAGAUGAGGAGGAGGAGGAGGAAGAAGAGGAUGUGGGAGCGGACGUUCUUCCUCCUGAUAGUCUGAUCCUGCUGGUUCAACCGGAGCUUCCAUCUCUGUCUCGGCUGUGGCUGGCUGUACUGAGAGACUACGCUCUGCUCACUCUCCCUGCCGAGUUCUCCAGCCAGCUUCCUCCAGAUGGGGGAGCGUUCUACACCCCAGAGACCAUCGACACCGCUCGCCUCCACUACCGGGCCUCCUGGGCCCCUGUCCUGCAUGCUGUGGCCCUGUGGCUGAGCAGCACUGGGUUCAGGGCCGGGGAAGGGGAUGAGGAGGCGCCGGCCGUGUCAAUGCAGGCCCCUGGGGCCACCAUCUACCCCCAGGGAAACCCUGUAGCUCAGAGCACGGAGGAGCUGGUCAAAGACAGAAUGCAUCUGAUGUUAGGUGUCAGUAUAGAGUUCCUCUGCUUCCCUCGUCCAGAGGAGCCAAUAGAACAUGUCAUGUCAUGUCUCCAAGCUCUCUUUACCCUGCUAAACUCACCCUGUGCCAGGACACACAUCGCUGAUGACCAGUUGCUGGGUGUGGAGCUGCUCAACGUUCUCCACAGGCUCCUCCUGACACGGGACCCUCCAGACGUACAGCUCCAGGUCACCACCGUGGUGCAGGAGACCAUCCGGGCCACCCAGGAGCACCGCAGGCUGCUGGCGAGCACACAGGGUGAGGAGGAUGGAGGGGAGAAGGAGUCUACCUUUACCCUGGGGGAGGGAGGAGAGACUGGGGAGCUGUUACCUGGGAAGUCCCUGGUGUUUGCUGCCAUGGAGCUCCUGGUCUUCGUCCUGGUUCGCCACUUACCCCAGCUCAACACCAGGGUGAACGAUUCCCCCAGCCAUCUGCCCCUCCGCCCGCGGCCCCCCCUGCCUGAGGAGAGCUGCCGUCUGGUGGCUCACACUGUGUCCAUCCUGGCUGAACUACCUUCGCUUUGUUCUCCACAAGGCAGCAUGACCAUUCUUCCCACCGUUCUCUUUCUGAUAACCGGCGUCCUGAAGGAGACUGCCGUGAAGACCUCGGAUAACUCUGUCCCCCUGCCCGUCUCUGCGGCUCUGCAGGGAAUCAAAACCAUCAUCACCUCUCCUCUGGCCCGAUCUGAGAAGACUCGCACUCAAUGGACGGUCCUGGUUAGGAGCAGCCUGGCGUCCGUCAUAGAGUACUCACAGCCAGAUGAUUCUCGUCCCAACAUGGACGAGGUCAGCAUGCUGACGGCCAUCACCCUCUUCCUGCUGUCCGGCAGUUCAGAGGUCAUUGGGGUCACCGUUCUGCAGCAGGGCUGUAUGGACCGCUAUAGGAACGCCCUUAACUCUCCUGACCCCUGGGUCCAGGCGCGGUGUUACCAACUGUUACUGUCAGUGUUCCAGCACCCCAGCCGCGCGUUGUCCACCCCCUACAUCCACGCCCUGGCCCCUCUCAUGGUGGAGAAGCUGAAGGGGGCGGAGAGGAGCAGGCCGGGGACAGCCAUGGAGCUACAGGCCGUCCAGGAGGGCAUUCGGGUCCUGGAGAACCUGGUUGGCAUGGGGGAGGAGCAGAACAGGGUACAACUGUUGGCCCUCCUGGUCCCCACCCUGGUCUCAUAUCUGCUGGAUGACAACGCCUUCUCCUCCGCCUCCCCAGCCUCUAAGGGCCUCCAUGAAUUUGCCCUCCACAACCUGAUGCGGAUUGGACCCCUCUACCCAGCUGCCUUCAAGACCGUCAUUGGAGCUGCACCUGAGCUCAAGAUCCGCCUUGAGUCAGCCAUCCGAGCCAAUCAGGCGAGCAGCAAAGCCAAGGCAGCAGCCUUAUUGGCCCAACCGGCUGUGCAGGCCGCUCCCACCAUCAAACUCAAGACCAGCUUCUUCUAGGUUUUCCCAAAAUGCCCACGUUGACUUUCUCCUCAAUGUUGUUUAUCGUCUGAUAUGAUGUUCGUGUCUCUCAAAGGUUUCUGUGAGUUAGAAGUUUCUAAAAAGAAAAUCUUGAAAAGUCAAGGAAACAAAUGUUUAAAUAACAUUGAAAGGGUAUUUCAUGUCAAGUUUCAACAGCCCCAGUAGAGAGAAUACUGUUUGCCCUUGAAUAUACUGCUGUACUUUUAUAAUUAAAAAAAAUGUUACUGAAUUUAGUUUUGCUCACUAUGUGUUCCAAUACUGGUCAAACCUCAUAACUCGACACUGCCUACUGUAGUUCCCACUGUGCAUCUUCAUUAUAUUAUUUAUGACCGUGCAUUAAUAUGAACAUGUCAGUUUGUUGGAUGAACCUUCAUUGCCAGCGUUCAUUUUCUGCACAUGCAUUUAAUCAUGAUUGAAUAUAAUGAGUUUAUUUUAGGUCUCUGUUCCAGGUUUGAGAUGAACCACUGCUUUGCCUUUUUAGGUUGUCAUGUGAAGUAAUCCUGAGACAGGCCAUUGCUUUUCCACAUUCCCUGUUCCAGAGUGAUUAUGCUGUAUUGAAAACCCUGACAAACAUUACCACUGGUCAAUACCACCACAGCAAAAUGACUUCUAAAUGAAAAGAGAAGACUGGACAUGAAGUUUUCCAUAUUUUAUUGAUUAUCUGUAUAGUUGGGGCUAUUAAUCAAAUGUGAAGAUGAAGAGAUCAAAAAAAAAAUAGACGAAGGAUCAAUAAAGUUUUAAACCGCUCAACUGGGGAAGUACUGUAUAUGGAAUUAGGAAUAAUAAAAUAGUAUUUAAACAUUGCA